ACGAGCACAGCCUCUCGGGGGUGAGCCGUUCUCUGAACGCGCGCUCUUUGCGCUGUUUUCCCGGGGGUGGAGAAACGUAUAACAAUGGGGGAACAAACUUCGACGCAAGACCUGACCUAGAAGUCUAGUUAGGGUGUGGCCUCAGAUUACAUUCACCAUACUUCUUUUACUCGUAUUCUGACCACUGUCAGGCAUCUAAAACAAAAGUGUAGUGUAGGACAACUGAACGUUGGAAUUAUUAUUUUUAAAAAAUAUAUAUUGCAGCGAAACCAAGCGCUUUUCAUUGUGUGCAGGAAAAACAAAUCUGUUUUAGCGUUUCGCAUUUCCUAUUCGAGUCAGUGCGGUCUGAAAGUCUUUGCGUGUAACAAAGUGAUUGACUAAAUCUUCUACAGCAGCGGGAACAAAGAGUUAAGGCAUUUGCAGAGGCUGGGGAGGAAAUUCCGUGAUCUACGGUAUUAAACAUGGGACUGUUAAAGCUGUUGAAGAUGCAGUUCAUUUGUCAUCUCUUCAUCUGUUAUGUGUUUCUAAUCAGUGGGCUCAUAGUCAACUUUUUGCAGCUUUGCACACUGCCAUUGUGGGGUAUUAACAAACAGCUGGCUCGCAAGGUCAACUGUAGACUUGCAUACUGUAUCUCCAGCCAGAUGGUGGCACUACUGGAAUGGUGGUCAGGGACGGAAUGUACACUGUAUACUGAUCCUGAUUCCUACCCCUUCUAUGGCAAAGAAAAUGCAAUUGUUAUCCUCAACCAUAACUUUGAGAUUGAUUUUCUAUGUGGUUGGAACUUCUGCGAAAGGUUUGGUGUGUUAGGGAGCUCAAAGGUCCUGGCAAAGAAAGAACUCGCAUUUGUGCCUGUAAUUGGCUGGAUGUGGUACUUUCUGGAGAUUGUCUUCUGUAAGAGAAAAUGGGAAGAAGAUCAGAAAACAGUGGUGCAGAGCCUUCAACGCCUUAAGGAUUAUCCAGAGUACUUCUGGUUUCUUCUGUACUGCGAAGGCACUCGUUUCACUCAAAAAAAGCACAAGAUUAGUAUGGAAGUAGCAGAAAAAAAAGGCCUCCCAAAACUCAAGUACCAUCUCCUGCCUCGCACCAAGGGCUUUUGUGUUACUGUUAAACACCUAAGGGGAACAGUUACUGCUGUGUACGAUUCUACACUUAAUUUCAGAAACAACCAAAAACCAACCUUGCUAGGAAUACUAAAUGGGAAAAAGUACCAUGCUGAUUUAUAUGUAAGGCGGAUUCCACUGGAUACAAUACCAGAGAAUGAAUCUGAAUGUGCUAUGUGGCUCCACAAACUUUACCAGGAAAAGGAUGAGUUGCAGGAAAAAUACAGUCUGACAGGUUGUUUUCCUGGCCCCAUCCUGACGCCUCCACGCCGCCAUUGGGCCUUGCUUAACUGGCUAUUUUGGAUCGGGCUUCUCCUCUUUCCCUUAUGUCUACUACUACUGCAGCUCUUUCACACUGGGUCAGCUUUCACCAUUUUCACUACAGUUGUCCUGUGCUUUGCAGCCUCACUUGGUGUUCGCUGGAUGAUAGGCCAGACAGAGAUUAACAGGGGCUCAAGUUAUGGAAACAAAGAAGGACAACUUAAUAACAAUGCCUAAGGACACAAAAUCACCAACAAGGACAGCAGAACUCAGAUUACAUCGACAGUGUGUACUCUGGAUAUCAAGAGCGACUAAGAGCAGUUUUGAACAAGAUAGCAACAUCAAGUGGACCAAGUCACUGGCAGCUAUUCAUAUUAAGUGUAAAUAAUCAAAAUGGGAACCAUAAAACAUGAUGUAACAAUUUCAUAAGAAAAUACUAAUUUUUUACACUAAAGUUUUCACAGCAGUUCUGAAAUAAUUGCUUUCAUUUUUUUUCUAGGAAUCUAAUAAAAAAUUAAGUAGGCCAUUAAUUAAAACUGACCUGUUUAUUAAUUCAUUGCUCUAUACAUUGCAAACAUUGUAGGAAUAACACAGGACCAAAAAUAUUGAUGCAUGGGUUUAGAGGGCUACCGGGGCUUAGCCAUACAAUUAGCAUAUGCCUAGUUUCUUAAGUAAUG